AUGGAGCUGGUGCAUCGGAAGUUGCAGAUGUGCGAGCACAAGCAUCGUGAGCGAGCCAUCGGUGCCACCCAGGGCGACGAGCCCCUCGGGGAUGCCCAUCUCGACCUGGUCGCGGGGGAGACGCGAGGCCUGGCAAUGGUCUCGCCUUCCCUUCUGUCAGAGAAGUUGAAGACGGAGGCCGCCAUCCUGAGGGAGCGGCGGAAGACGACGGAGGAGCGCGCCGAGCAUCAGGCCUCGGCAAGUAGCAAGGAGGGCAAGGGCGGCCAGGCGGUUCCACAAAGCUUGGUCGACAAGCAGCGCCCGGAGAUCGCGAAGUUGACGGCUCAGAUCGCCACCGCCGGCACGGCCGGAAAGGCGACGAGCUUGGCCGCCCGCUUGGCGGCAAGUGAGCCGCCCCUUUUUCCCGUGGUCGCGCAGCGGGAUCCCUCGCCCACGCCGCUGCGCGCGGCGUCCGCGAUCCUCGAGUCACCGAGGCUUGACGCCGUGGCGGCUCCGGGACGCGGACGCAGACGACGGCCUGUUCGGAAUGCCUCUGUCGGCUCUUGGAUGUUGGAGCGCCGCGCGGCGGUCAACUGGCUGCGCGGCAGGGAGGGCGGCCCCGACUUCAACUCCCUUUCGCUCGUGCGAGUGUUCCGGACUUGCGGGGCCGCCUGGCCGCCUGGCUCCGAUAGUGUCCCGGGCUACCUCGAUGAGCCUGCGAAGCCAGCUGCGUUCGCCGUCGACUCGGUCGCCCUUCCACUGGAUGGCGUCAAGGGCAACCUGGCGAGCGCCUGGCUGGUGAGGCGCCUCUCCAAGGCUGAAGUGAUCACCUUCGGAGAGGACGCCGCCUGCACGAUCGCACCGUUCUGCGUCGCAAAGUCCGAUGGGAGACGCCGCCUGGUCAUUGCGAGGAAGGUCAACUCUUGCAUCCACGAUCCUGCCACGGUGGAGUUGCCGACUGCUGGAGUGUGGAGCGGGCUUCGCACCCGCGAGGGCGAUGAGUUGGUGGUGGAACAAGUGGAUAUCGAGGCCGCCUUCUACCGCACGGAGGCGCCAGCGGGGUUGUCCGUUAUCGCGGUAUUGCCCAGUGUCCUCGUGUCGGACUUGGCGAAGAUCGAUCCGUCGUCGCCCGUGGAGAUGAUCAGUGGGAAGCGGACCGCUACCCGCCUGGUCGUCCUGCCGACGGGCUGGACGUUGCCGUCAGCCCCGCGGUCGCAACGCGUGGACGGCGCGGCGGGCGCGCAUCGGCAUCGCCAGCGGGCGCGGGGCGGCGCUGCAGCAGUCGAGCGCGAGCUGGAGGCGGGCGGUCUGCGCUGCAAGGGCAUCGCCACCACCGCGGACGAACGUGCCCCCGCGGGCCUGGUCUUCCAGCGAGCCACGGGCGAGGCACGCUUGUCGUCAAUCCGCCCGUGGAAGAUGCAUCUCGCACUGCUGGGGCUGGCGUCUCAGAAGUAUGUGCCUGGGCGCGCGGUGUUCCAGCGUUUCGGCCACUGCAAGUGGGCUGAUUUUUUGUGGGGGGCCCUCCUUUCCGUCUUCAGUUCUGAGCGUCGGUGCGCGCGCAAGGCGGGGGUCAACGCGUGGCGGCCGCGGCCCGACGUGGCCUCCGAGCUGCGGGCUGCGGGCGCGCUGCUGGGGCUGGCCUGCCUCAGCGCGAGGCGCCCCGUCGACCCCCUCGGGACCAGCGCGGGCGCCUCGACUGGGAACGGCGACCCUGAGGGCACGCUCUUCGGCGGCAUCGGCGUCGCCGAGCGCCCCUGGCCCACGGAGGCGGCGCGGGGCGCCGCGAGGCUGUCCGCGCUCUGGCGCUACCUCGUGGCAGGUGGCGCUGCGGCCCGCGAUCAUGCCUUCUCGAGCCAGCUCGCGGCAGGCCCCGGGCGGGUCAAUCACGACCAGGACGAGGGCGGUCCUGAAAAGGUGAUCACCUGCGCGGGUGAGAGUGCUCCCGACGGCCUGAACACUGACCGCGAGACGCAGGGCGACUUCGUGGGCCUCGACGCCCACCUGAUCUUCCCGCUGG